AUGACUUCUAAAACUGAUGAUCCUCCACCUUACGAGGAUGCAGUUCACCAACCUAAGUAUGGAAACUACCCCACCCAACAGCAAGAUGGCUCCCCUCUUCCACCACCUCCAUCUUACAGCCCCAGCCCCGGCCCUCCAGGCUACUGGGGCCAGGAAGGCGUCUACCCGCAGGCCGGGACGUGGGCAGCCCCUGGCUACUCUCCAUCUCGGAGGCCCACCACAAUACCGACUCUGUCUGCCGGAGUGCAUGCAUCAGACCAAGGAGACAUGGAUGACUUUAUGAGCUCGCAGUGGGAAAGCACAGCUGUUCGGCAUUCCUUCAUUAGAAAGGUUUACUUGAUUUUAACAGCACAGCUUGCCGUCACCUUUUCAGUUGUCGCUGUCUUUACAUUUGUUAAACCAGUGAGGCUGUUUGUCAUCAGAUAUCCUGGCAUCUACUGGGCAUCUUUUGUGGUAUAUUUUAUGGUUUACUGCAUUCUUGUCUGCUGCAAAGGACCGAGGAGGCGAUUCCCAUGGAAUCUUGUGCUGCUGGGGGUAUUUACUCUGGCCUUGUCUUACAUGUCUGGAACCAUUUCGAGCUAUUAUGAAACAAAGGCAGUGUUUCUGGCCAUGGGAAUAACAGCAAUAGUUUGCAUCGCUGUCACAAUCUUCUGCUUCCAAACCAAGGUGGACUUCACCUCCUGCGGGGGACUUCUCUGCAUUGCGUCCGUUGUGCUCAUGAUCAUUGGGAUUGUUACCGGCGUUGUCCUGUCUUUCCAAUAUGUUCCGUGGCUGCAUAUGCUCUAUGCUGCAAUUGGAGCCGUCAUUUACACUCUGUUUUUGGUAUACAACACCCAGCUGCUCGUUGGAAACCGUGAGUUGGCCAUCAACCCAGAGGAGUACAUCUUUGGAGCGCUCUCUCUCUACAUUGACAUUGUUCACAUCUUCCUCUUCGUCCUUCAAGUCGGGGGAGCCGCCACUGAAUGAGCCCACGUGGUCAGAGCACACCCAGUUUGGACUUACAGUAUAUUGGUUUUUGACGUUUGUCAUAAUGCUAGCGCGUCAGUAAGAAUGUUUUACUACCAGCUUAAUACGGUGAAUUUCCAAACUUUGAAUUUAACAUAUUUUUUUUAUGUCUGUAACACUAAAGCACUUUGAAGUUGGUGCUGUGAAUGAGGAUACUUAAGC